AUGCGCGAGUUGUACGAAAUUGAACGCGAAAAACACCCAUUUGAGGGAGACGGCUUUCGGAAUGAUCACGAUCUGAAAGGACCGGAUACGAUCGAGUCCAGGUAUUCCGGUCACCUGCUCAUUCUCGAUCUGGCCGCCGAGGCAUGGCCCGGGGAUCGGAUGGGUUCACAACGGGUUGCAAAGUUGGUGAGAGUGUUCGGGGUUAACGGAUACGGCAUCGGCCUCUGGGCCUGGGAAGGCUCGGGCGAGAUGCCGAUACUGGAGCUUGGCCUGGCUGGCGGACCGUGGAUGUUUUUGGAGGGAAGGCAGCCAGUGAGAGCAGAUGGGUUAGGGGUGUGUCUCGGCUUUGAGUCGAACGAGCGAUCUUUGAGCUGUUGGGACGCCGAGUCGGUUUUAGCUCCCAACGGUCGAACUGAGACGAGUGGCCCAGGGCUCGGCGUAUUCCGAAUUGCUACUCGAAGGUGGCCCCUGUCCGUCCUCCCCAGCCCUUGCCGUGCUCAAGCCGGGGCGCCUCAGGAUUCUGGAAGCAGAGGCCAGCGAUCAUCACGAUUCUGCUGA